CCAAGAGCCUGGAGUCCAUUUCCGAGUGCUCCCUCCUGCGGCUCAAACCGAAGUUCCCCCCUUUCCGGAUGGACGGACCCAAUAGGGCCGCCCAGCGCCGGUUUAGCGACCUCCCCACCCCACAGCCAGACAGCCGCAGCCCCAAGCCGGCCAGCCGCAUCCCGAACCCGGCACUCCCUUCCUGGGCGCUGCCCAAGGCGGAGGCCACGGGGGCCAAAGAGAAGGACCAGCGGGGGGGCCGCGCGGGGGCCCCCAAAGGCGCCGCGGGGCCACUCCCUCCCGGCGGGCAGAGGCUGACCAUGGGCGAGAUCGAGAGGAAGAUCAAGGAGGUGGAGGAGAGGGUCCACGGAGUGACCACGGAAGAGUGCCUGGAGGCGCUGCGGAUGAAUGGCUGGGAGCUCCCCAAAACCAUCCAGCUGUUGAAG